CCCGCCCCCCCCCCCUCCCGUCCCCUUCGCGCCGCCCUUCCCGAUGUUUUCUCGUGUCCUCCUGCGCGGCCCGCUGGCCGGUCGCCCGGUCGGCCCGCUCCGGACCUUUGCCUCUGCGGCGGCCGCCACGGCCGCCACGGCCGCCGGCCAGGACAAGCCGGCCAUUGUGGUGAGCGCAAUCCCCGGGCGCAUGGACAUCGUCCAGCUGCUGGUCCCGACCGCCAGCCUCCCGGGCCAGGCCAACUCCGUCAGCAUGUUUGUGCCGCUCGAUUUGCCGGUGGCCAGUCUCCUGGCCGACCUGGCGUCCGAGCUUCGGGUUCCCCAGUCCCAGGUCGCCCUGCCCACCGGGGCCACCUUUGUGCGGCAGCUCCUCCAGCCGGCCGGGACAGGCCUGCCUCAGGUGAAGGUCGGCCCUGCCUCCCUGGCCCUCAAUACUGCCCCUUUUUUGACCUGGGUCAGCGAGAGCCACCAGGCCAACACCGAGAAGCUUCGCGAGCUGGCCCCCGUGCUGGAGGCCACCAACCGCGCGGCCAAGAAGGCCCGCUCCAAGCGCAAGACCAACGAGGUCCUCUUCCUCGGUGCAUUCGUCGGGCACCUCGGGGCUGCGGCCUGGCUCACGUAUGGCCCCCUGGGCUGGGACAUGGUCGAGCCGAUGACCUACCUUUCGGGGCUGGCCGUGUCCGGGGCCAUGCUGACAUGGUUUGUGGUCACCGGCCGCGAGGGGUCUCCUAUGGAGGAGUUUUCGCUGAUCGAGCGCCGCAACCUGGAAGCCCGGCUGCGCAAGGCCCUGACCGCCGAGCCCCAUCUGGCCCCGGUCGUCGAGCGGUAUGGGCUCUUCGCCCAGGCCGAGGGCAGCACCCGCGACGCGGUGAACGCCCUGGUCGCCGACAUCGAGCGUGAGCUGGCCUUCAGCCGGUCGUUCCUGCCGGCCUCCGGCGACCACCACGACGGCGACAAGGCGGCCCUCGAAAAGUGAUUCGCCCCUCUUGGCCACUCCCAUGCGCACCUCCCACCUGGCCCCAGGCAAGUGCAUGCGUGCCCAGUUUGCGCCGACAGCUCUCUCCUCCCCCCCCCCCUGGUGGAUCGGGGUCGCAGGCCAACAAAUGGACCACUGUACUCGGCAGUAUUUCCCCCCCUGCCCCCCUCCGUCUGGGCCUCUUCUUGUGUUCCUUUUUUUUUUUGGCCUCCUCCAAGCCAAGAUGCGU